AUGACUCGGAUGUGGCAUGAUGAGAAUAAUUGUCUACAAUAUCACCCUCUCAUGGAAGAUGUGGUGAGUGAAGAAGAAUUGGAGAAGAAACAAGAAGAAUUACAAAUUUCCAUACCUUUCCAUUUGAAAUUGUUUGUAACUGUCUUGACGAAUGGUAGACAGCCAUGGUCUAAUACUGUUGUGCAUGUUAGUAAUUUGUUGGGACCUGUCGAAUCUUGGUUUUUGGACACACAUAAUGGUUUGGACACACAGAAUGGUUAUGCAAUCUUGGGAGUUGAUACUCAAUUAUCGAACAUAUUAACAUUGAGUAGAGAUGGGAGGAUUAGAGUGAAUGGAGACACGGUUGACUUUUUUGAGUUUGUUACGAUGGUAAAUCGUCCAUUUAAUCCAGAAUUUUACAAUUUUGAAAAGUUUAAAGAAAGAGUGUACUUCCCCUUCUCAAUGACCAAGGAAUAUUAUAGUACGUUGCCAGACAAGUACAAGUUUGUGGACAAGUUGACCAUGCAUGCUAUUGAAUUGGAUCCAAAAUGUUAUGCAUAUGUUCCUGAUUAUAUCAAGAUGAUGAGACAUAUUGCCAAGAAGGUAUUCAUUAGAAAUCCAUCCUUGGGCACAUUAAUUCCAAAAGAACUUUUGGAAGAUACAGAUUUUGUUAUGGAUGUUUACAAAUCAUCACAAUCAAUUCUGUUUUAUGCUUCUCCAAUAGGAAAAUGGUGGAGUGAUAGAGUUUUUAUGAUUGAGGCAUUGAAGAGUGAUGGUUUGAAGGUUGGGUUUAGAAGAAUUCUAUUUUUAGUUCUGGGUUUGGGUUUGGGUUUGGGUUUGGGUUUGGGUUUGGGUUUGGGUUUGGGUUUGGGUUUGGGUUUGGGUUUGGGUUUGGGUUUGGGUUUGGGUUUGGGUUUGGGUUUGGGUUUGGGUUUGGGUUUGGGUUUGGGUUUGGGUUUGGGUUUGGGUUUGGGUUUGGGUUUGGGUUUGGGUUUGGGUUUGGGUUUGGGUUUGGGUUUGGGUUUGGGUUUGGGUUUGGGUUUGGGUUUGGGUUUGGGUUUGGGUUUGGGUUUGGGUUUGGGUUUGGGUUUGGGUUUGGGUUUGGGUUUGGGUUUGGGUUUGGGUUUGGGUUUGGGUUUGGGUUUGG